UUUUUUUUUUUUUUUGCAACUCCCCACUGCUUUCGUUGUCAGCAGAUCUCUGCCCCCUUAGUCUUAAUCAUAAUAACCCACCCCCCUAAGCCAAGAUGCGCUUCACUGCUCUGGCCUCGGUGGCCGCGCUCUUCGGAGCCUCGGCCGUCAUGGCGGCGCCCGCCGGCAACAAGGGCAACGCCUGCAACGAUGACUGCGCGCGCGCCUUCCAGGGCACCAACGUCAAGGAGAACGUCCUCACGUCCAUCGCCAGCUACUGCUCGACGUUCACGACCGGCGGCACCCCCGCGGCGACGCCGGCCCCUGUCGCCAACAAAUGUGACAACACGCCGGCCCGCGUCAGCACCGCCUGCCUGUGCAACGCCAUCUACAUGGCGACCAGGUCCGCGGAUCCGGCCCCCUCGCCGACGCCCGUUGACGUGCAGACGCUGUCGUCGACGGCAACCGUCAUCACCACCGUCACCGUGGUCACGUCGGGCACCAGCACCUUCGAGGUCCUCACCACGAUCUCGGCCACGACGACCGUCCUGGAGGGCGUCACGGUGGUCGGCACGAGCACCGUCGUCUCCAACGUGACCGAGACCUCGACCGUCUCGGUUGCCAAGACGGAGGAGUCCACGACGUCCACCACGACCACCACCACUGCCACCGAGACUUCCUCCACCACGCAGACGGACACGACGACGACCACCAGCACGGAAUCGACGACGACCACUGACGUCUCCACCACUUCCACCACGGAUAUCGUUUCGACCACCACGACGGGUACUGAGACUACCUCCACCACGGAGGUCGUCUCUACCACCACAACUGGCACCGAGGUCACCUCGACGACGACGACUGGCACUGAGACCACCUCUACGACGGAAGUUGUAUCUACCACCACGACGGGCACCGAGGUUACCUCUACUACCACGACGGGCACUGAGACCACCUCCACAACAGAGGUUGUGUCGACCACCACGACUGGUACAGAGGUGACUUCUACUACUACGACUGGCACCGAGACUACCUCCACAACCGAGAUCGUUUCAACGACCACCACCGGCACUGAGGUUACGUCGACGACAACUACCGGCACGGAGACCACGUCGACGACCACCACCGGAACUGAGGUUACGUCAACGACAACCACCGGCACGGAGGUUACGUCGACGACUACGACGGGCACCGAGGUCACUUCAACCACCACGACAGGCACUGAGGUUACCUCGACCACCACCACAGGCACCGAGGUUACCUCGACUACCACCACGGGUACUGAAGUGACCUCUACUACCACGACCGGCACAGAGACGACAUCAACGACCACUACUGAGGUGACGUCGACCACCACGACCGGCACCGAAGUAACGUCCACAACUACUACCGGCACCGAAACCACGUCGACCACCACGACUGGCACUGAAGUGACUUCGACCACAACAACCGGCACAGAGGUCACUUCAACGACCACCACUGGCACAGAAACCACUUCAACCACCACGACUGAGGUGACAUCUACAACUACCACCGGCACCGAAGUGACCUCGACCACCACUACCGGUACCGAGACAAGCUCUACCACUACUACCACUACCGGCACUGAUGUGACUUCGACCACUACCACCGGAACUGCCACCUCGUCGGUCACCACCACUGACACCGCAACCUCGUCGACCACCACCACGGGCACGGCCACCACGAGCACCAGCACCACUAAGACCUUCAGCACCAGCCUCACCACCACCUUCAGCACCAGCACUACCAAGACCUUCAGCACAAGCACCACCACAACAUCGCUCGUGGUCUCGACCGUGCUCUGCAACUCGAUCAAGAACUACGGCUUCGAGUCGGGCACGCUCGCCAACUGGACCCCGUCGGGCGCCGGCGCAUCUAACGCCGGCGUCGUGAGCGGGCCCCAGGGCCCCAACAGCGCCAUCCAGGGCAACAGCAUGGUCGCGGUUCAGGGCGGCGCCGUCACAAUCACCCAGAGGGUCCCCCUCUGCCCCGGCACCAAGGAGAUUGAGGUCUCGGCCUACUUCCUGGCUGUCGUCGGCACCUGCAAGGCCACGGUCUGCGUCGGCGGCACCAACCACUGCAUGGCCCGCACCGGCCUCUCGCCCACCAGUGGCUGGACCACCGUCACCGCUGGCUUCAGCAACAUCCCGGCCGGUACCGCCGACCUCGAUGUCGCCGUCAGCAUCACGUGCACGGCCAACGACGCGGCCGGGUCCGCCAAGCCCGCCGGCUACCUCGACUGGGUCGUCAUGGGCUAAAUCGCAGGCUUGGCCACCUCCCGUCGCGGUAGCGGCCGGUGAGGGGAAGUGAGAGAGAGAACAGAGAAAGCUAGCGAUUCACGACACAUUUUCGAGCCCCCGGGGAGUAACCCGGUUAUUUCGCCCUCUCCCGUGGCACGACUUCGCUCGCCCUGCACUCGGCAAAAACGCUCUCCUCCUUCCUCCACACCCCCCCAGCUUAUCCCGGCUUUUUCACGCUUCCAUUCUUGAUUUCGGAGUUUUAGGAUCAACGGCUGUAGAGGAUGGGCUUGUUUUAAUAAUGAAAGGUCUGGGGAGGUGCUUCCUUGUAGGGAAGCAAUCGGCACAAACACGGCUUGGAUGAACAAAUUUCUUCUAUAUAAACCCCUCUUCAGCUUGGAGCGGUUUAGAUUAUGCUGUUGAUAUUCAGACUUCCGACAAGAAUAGACACAUAUACGCUCCUCGAA